AUGGGGGAGUGGACCAUAUUAGAGCGUCUCUUGGAGGCGGCUGUCCAACAGCACUCUACUAUGAUCGGAAGGAUCCUGCUCACAGUGGUGGUGAUCUUCCGGAUACUGAUCGUGGCCAUAGUGGGGGAGACGGUGUACGACGACGAGCAGUCCAUGUUCGUGUGCAACACGCUGCAGCCGGGCUGCAACCAGGCGUGCUACGACAAGGCGUUCCCCAUCUCCCACAUCCGGUACUGGGUGUUCCAGAUCAUCAUGGUGUGCUGCCCCAGCUUGUGCUUCAUCACCUACUCGGUGCACCAGUCCGCCAAGCAGAAGGAGCGGAGGUACUCCACCGUCUACCUCUCCCUGGACAAGGACCAGGACUCCAUGAAGCGGGACGACAGCAAGAAGAUCAAGAACACCAUCAUCAACGGGGUCCUCCAGAACACCGAGAACUCCACCAAGGAGGCUGAGCCCGACUGCCUGGAGGUCAAGGACAUCCCCGCUUUGACCAUGCGCACCGCUAAAUCCAAGAUGAGGAGGCAGGAGGGCAUCUCCAGGUUCUACAUCAUCCAGGUGGUGUUCAGGAACGCGCUGGAGAUAGGGUUCCUGGUGGGCCAAUACUUCCUGUACGGAUUCAACGUGCCGGCGGUGUACGAGUGUGAUCGAUACCCUUGCAUAAAAGACGUCGAGUGCUACGUCUCCAGGCCGACGGAGAAGACGGUGUUCCUGGUCUUCAUGUUUGCGGUCAGUGGCAUCUGCGUGGUCCUCAACCUGGCGGAGCUCAAUCACCUCGGAUGGAGGAAGAUCAAAACGGCCGUGAGGGGGGUGCAGGCCAGGAGGAAGUCCAUUUAUGAGAUCCGCAACAAGGACUUGCCCAGAAUGGGCAUGCCUAAUUUUGGCCGUACCCAGUCCAGUGACUCUGCCUAUGUGUGA